UAUUCCAUCUGUUGAAUGACAUCUUUAUUUUUACCUGUUUAAAGGUGAAACUCGAGAAACACAGGUGAUUACUCUGUCUCCAGAAUUGCAUACUGCACCUUUUAGUUGCAUUUUAUCCAAACAAAUACGACCUUAACCACGCAAAUCAAAACUUAAAAGUGUAUUUUAAGUUAAAAUAAUUAUUACUUUUUAUGUUUCAUUAUGGCUAAUUUAGUUGAAAAUAUGGCUUUGAGAAUUUGGUUAAAAUCCAUUUUUUAAGUCGUGCAAUCUGUUUUCAUCCGUAUGGUUAAAAGAGUCUUGGAGCGUCCUGUAAAAACCUUCCAAACAGCAAUACAUGUUAUUAAAAGAGACUAAUAGUAAUACAUGAGAGUCACAAACUGAGGCAAGAAACUGCUCUCAUGGUCCCUGUGUAGCUUCUACUCACUCUGCCCAUCCUGGGACCAGCUGAGCUCCACCGUGUGGUCUCCCUUGAAUAUAUGUGUGUUAUGUAAUAGAAAUAGUGUGUGUGUGAGUGUGUGUGCUGAUAUGUGCCCUCGUUCUCUUUUAUACCUGCAGAGUGCUCUAUGACUGAGACAACUGCUUUGUCAUGAGAAUGAGAUCCAAAAUUUGAGUCAGUGGUUCCAUUGCUGCUCAUGUUUUCCAGAAAGAGGCUGUGGGAUUACGCUGCAUAAAGACCGCAGCCACUGACCGACAAACUCAGGCAGCAGCGCUCCGUCCUCAUCACUCCCUGUCUUUAUACCUCCCUGCUUUCUGCCGGUGUACUGGUUUUGCUACCAAAAGGGGGAAACAUUGGAAAAUUCCUAUUCUCUCAGGCUGGAUUCUCUCGUUUUCACCAAUGGAUGGAGUUUAUUCCCCAGAGAGCGCAGUGACUUCUUAAAAACUUCACACUCCGUGCUGGGUGCUCCUCCUGGAGUCUUCAGGGGGAUGGAGCAGCGUGGAGGAGGUGCAGGCGUGGGGACGGAGAGCCCCAGACUUCGGGACAGCUCCAGCCCAGAGGACAGAGGCGAGAGCCCGGCUUCCAGCGGCCCCCCGGCCUGCAAGUUGAGCCAGCUGGAGGUCAACGGUAGCCCGGUGGCUCCGCAGGCAAGACAGAAUGGAGCGGCGCUGAGACCGCUAGGAGGUCUGAUGAUCCCCGUCUAUUGUGUGGUGGAGCACGCAGAUAUGGGCGUCGCCGGAGACUGUGAGGGGCACGGCGACCGUCACGCCGAGUUCGUGUUGGUUCAUAAGGAUGUCCUCUUCACGCAGCUGGUGGAAACGGCACUGGUCGCUCUGGGAUAUUCACACAGCUCAGCUGUACAGGCAAGUGGCAUCAUUAAAGUGGGCCGCUGGAAGCCGAUGCCCAUCCACUACCUGACAGACGCUCCGGAGGCCACAGUGGCCGACAUGCUGCUGGACGUUUACCACAUGGUGACGCUGAGGAUCCUCCUGCACAGCUUCGCGCGGCUCGAGGAUCUGCCGUCAGAGCAGUGGACCCACGCCACGGUGAGGAACGCCCUCAAAGAGCUGCUCAGAGAAACCAACCAGAGCACGCUGGCCAAAGAGUGUCCUCUCUCCCAGAAUAUGAUCUCAGCCAUCAUGAACAGUUCCUACUACAUCAACGUCUCCACCUCUAAAUGCCAGGAGUUUGGACGCUGGUACAAGAGGUACAAACGCAUCAAAGGUGAAUACAUUGAGAAGAUGGCGUCAGCACAGGACAAAUCAGACAUUAAAGUGGAGAGAGAUCUGGACCUUAGCGCCCUCAGCCAGCGUCCUCCCUCUCUCCUCGCCUCCCCCAUCCAUCUGGGCUCCCUGGGCAGCCCCGGAGCCCUGUCCAUGAAGAGUGGAGGACUGGGGGACUCUCAGACCUCCAGCCAGCCUCACUGCCUGCCUCACCCCGCCAGCCAGCACCACCCAAACGCACCGCUGCGUCCCCAGGGUCCACCUCUCCUGAGCCACGGCAGGCUCCUGUCCCCCCAGCUCUCCCCUCAGCUGGUCCGGCAGCAGCUCGCCAUGGCCCACCUCAUCAACCAGCAGCUCGCCGUCAGCCGCCUGCUCGCACACCAGCACCCGCAGGGAGUCAACCAGCAGUUCCUGCACCACCCGCCCAUCUCACGGACCUGCAAGGGCUCCGGGGGGCCAAACGAGCCUGGACUCAACUGCUCGGGGUCCGAAGUCUCCUCCAGCAUUUACCAGCAAGUCAGGAACGAGCUGAAGAGGGCCAGCAUCUCUCAGGCGGUGUUCGCUCGCGUGGCUUUUAACCGCACACAGGGGCUGCUGUCAGAGAUCCUUCGUAAGGAGGAGGACCCUCGCUCGGCCUCACAGUCGCUGCUGGUCAACCUGAAGGCCAUGCAGAACUUCCUCAACCUGCCAGAGGGCGAGCGAGACCGCAUCUACCAGGAGGAGAGAGAGCGGAGCACCAACUCCAACCACAACAUCCCCACCAACCACAUCUCCAACACACACAGACACCCACAGACAAAGUGCAGCAUGUCCGCUACAGAGCUUCCGCUGAAGCUGGACUCGCUGGUGAACAUCUCGUCAGGCAUCUAUGAUGAGAUCCAACAGGAGAUGAAGAGGGCGAAGGUCUCCCAGGCUCUGUUCGCCAAGGUGGCUGCCAAUAAAAGUCAGGGCUGGCUGUGUGAGCUGCUCAGGUGGAAAGAGAGCCCGAGCCCUGAGAACCGCACGCUGUGGGAGAACCUGUGCACCAUCAGGAGGUUCCUGGCGUUAUCGCAGGCCGAUAGAGAUCAGGUCUACGAGGAGGAGUCGAGGCAGCAGCACAGCGACAGGCUGCACACGGUCCUGCACAUCCCAGACCAGCAGGUCCUCCACAGACCGCCUCCUCUGCCUCCUCUGUCCACUCCGUCUCCCAUCCAUGAAGAGCCGAAGCCCAUCCCGCUGCUGGUCCUGCACGGCUCAGAAGACGGGCCCCAGCGUGGGAUGAGCCCCGGCCUCGGAGGCGGAGGACAGAAGAAGGCGCGCUCACGGACACGGAUCUCCCUCGAGGCUCUGGGGAUCCUGCAGAGCUUCAUCGGCGACGUGGGUCUCUACCCGGACCAGGAGGCCAUCCACACCCUGUCGGCCCAGCUGGAUCUACCCAAACACACCAUCAUCAAGUUCUUCCAGAACCAGCGCUACAACGUCAAGCACCACAACCAGGUCCGAGAGCCCGUCCCCGGGGAGGACGACCGGGACAGCUUGAGUCCCAGCGAGGGGGGCGUCUGCACGGCGGAGAGCCGAGGGGAGGAGGGUCUCUCCGUGUCCGAGGAGUCGAGCGAGGACGGGAGAGGGUCAGUGGAGGUGUCCAGAACGGAGGGAGGAAAUAGAGGAGAAGAAAGAGAUGUGGAAAUGGAGACAGAGAAGGAAGAAGGGGAUGAUGGGAAAGCGUCGGGGCCAGCCACGUCCUCCCUGUCCCCCUACAGCAGCCUGGACAGCCCCCACUCUGCAGAGCAGCAGAGAUAACAGCAGCAGGAGCAAAGACACCAUCAAACUGUGAAAACCUGUGAAUAAACACACUUUGAUCACCUUUACCAGAGCUGAUGAUCAGAGCUCUUUAAUAUCUGAAGAACUAUUUAAUUAAGGUUCGACUGAAAAAAGGGAUCCAAAGGUACCGCCACUACAUUCACAAACUUCCAGUGUUUUUGAUUUGAUGCUGCCUGUAGACGAUUACUACACCACAACAUUAUUUCUAUCUCCAGAACACCUCUGUAGGCAUUAACUGGAACUGGAAGAGGUUUUAUUUGCCAAAAUAUGUCUGUAUUUCUCAACCUGGACCCUAUUUUUACAUGUUCCCAUGCCACUAACAGGCUUAGAUUGUUAUUAUAAGUGUCUGACAACAUAAUGGAAAUGACAAGAGGAAUAAAAUGUGCAGCUUUACUUGUCUGUUUUUGUGCCGAACCAAGUCUUGCUCAAGCAGAAGUCUCAAUGGAAACAUGAGUAGGAAAUAAAAAGAGGAGUUGUGUUGGAGGACAGAAGGUGUAGCUUUGUCUUAACUACAAGAUUUUCCACGUCAUGGCUAAAUAUUGAGCCGAUUUGUGUUAGAGGCCACUGAGGAUUUCAGACUUCUGCCUGAUUGAGACUUAAUUAGACACAAUUACAAACAAAAAUCAACCAAAUCAAGAAAUGUAGGAAAACACUAGUCCCUUUCAGACUGCUGUUUCAAGCUGUGAUAUUUACUCCUCUGUGGGCGUGAUCCCGGCUCUGUACGGCCUUCAGAGGUAGCAACAGAGGCGUUAAACUGGCGUGAGAGAGAGAGAGAACCAGCGGAGCCAGCAGGACGGACAAUACAUGACGAACAUUUUUUUUGUAACCAGCACCCGGGUAAUAAGAAAGGAAGUGGAGCGUAUCAAAAGCAAAAUGUAGCAAAAUGCAGAACAGCAUUGUUUGAGUUUUUAGGAUCUCUACUAGGGCUGGGCAAUAUGGACCAAAAGUCAGAUCCCGAUAUAUUUAGGCUGAAUAUCGACACACGAUAUAUAUCUAGAUAUUUUCAUCGCAAAGUGAGAGCAAAUGUUCAGUCAAAGUCAAAGCCAAAUAUGACAUGUCACAAGUAGUUUUAUUACACAUAAACACUGUAUAACAGGAGUACCUUUUUUUUAAAAAUCAAAGCUCCAUAAAGUGCACAUUUAAAUAAAAAAAUAUCUUAAAUAAAAAUAGCCCAUGAAAUAUAAUAGGCCAAUCUUUUUCUGAAAUAAAUAUAUUUAUAUGAGAAAAGAAUGACAAACAUUACAAAAAAAAAACCAUGACAAACCCUAGUAAGGGCAGCAUUUAUAUAUAAAGAAAAUAAAAACAUUUGAACUAUAUUGAUAUAUCCGAUAUGGUCUAAAUCCAUAUCACAUUUAAAAAUAUAUCGAUAUAUCGCCCAGCCCUAAUCUCUACAACAAGAAACAGCAUGACAUGCAGCCAUUACUGUUUCGAAUGCACUCGCCGCUGCUGUCGCUUAUUGUAUACGCAGCUACUCUGUUACACUUUGUUCCUUAAUGCCAGACUGCAAUGUGAAUGGAUGCCAAUACAACACCUUUGCAGAAUCAGUAUGAAUGUCCUGAGGUGAAAUGCCGGCAGAGCUUGUUACAGCACUUUUGUGACACUUUGUAGAAACGCAGUAUGAAAGGGGCUAUUGAGAUAAAGAGGAAAAUACGGUCCAGGUUGAAAAAUACUGCAGUCUCCCUUUAAAUUAUGGUGAGGCAGGUUUGACUGUAGGCCUUAAGCUGUUUAGUUCACAUGUAAUACAAUUUGACAUUUAAAAAAAUGUCCAGAAACACUUUAAGCAAAGCAUUUGGAUUCUGUAUCUGGUCCACGUGUAGGGGAAAAGUUGUCAAGCGACUUUUUGAGGAACAUUUGAGUCUGACUCACACGUUCCUUCAUGUGACAUGGAUGUCAUUAAACGAACAAACCUGGAUUUGCGGCCUACAUGCAGCAGCAGUCUGAGCCAAAUGACUGUUUAGAGUCUGCCGCCAACCUCACAAACUCACCUCAUCAAAGCCUGUGAGUAAAAUCCUCCCGAAGCAUCAGGAGUUUUUCUUUCUGGUUGGAUAUUAGACAUUUUAAAAACAUAAAACCGUACUGAUAUUGGGCAGUAUACCUCAUGAGACGGGCAUUCACCUGUGGGAGAUAAAGGCUUGCAGGGGUGCUAAUAACACUUCAACCAAACUGAAGCCAUUUUUACAUUCCAUGUGAUUUAUUUUUUAAAUAUAUAAAUAUGCUUUAGGAGGUCCCUUCAUCGACUGAGCUCCAUGUGAAACAGUAAAUCAGUUCCACACUACCCUCCCAUUGAUAUUUAUUACUAACUUUAUAUUUACUUCAAAUCUGAGUAUCAUUGUUGUAAUUAUAGUUUUGCUAUUAUUUCUUUGAUAUGACCACAACUGUAUUUGUAAAUGUGACAAAUAGGAAAAGGAGGAAAUCUGAGGGUAUGAUUCUUUAUUUACAAUUUCUAAAACUGUAAGAGAAAUGAUGAAACGUUUUUUUUUCCGGAGGACAUUUGUGUACAUUAUAAAUGUAAAUGUUGACAAUCCACCUGCAAAACUGAAUCUGUCAUCAUAUGUGGGGUGCAACCACUGUCACUGACACUGUUAAGUGUGAUUUGUGCCACUAAGCAACAGGGUAUGAAAACACAUCAUGAGCAUUUACAGUCUGUUUCAGUUUCUCUGUCCCGGAUGGAGCACACAACGUUCCUGAUAUGUUCCACUUUGAUGUUUUACCAUUGUUCUUUAAUUCUGUUGUGGGAAAAGACAUGAAAAUCUGAUAAAACGUUUCCAAAGUAA